AAUAACUAAAGAAGUUUUACUAUAUAUAGUGUGAAAAAUUAAUGAAAAAAUCAGAAGUUCAAUUAACAUGAAUAAAGCAAUCAUCAUAUUCGCCAUCCUUAUUGCGGCAUUUGUAUAUGUCGAGGCAAAUCGUUGUCGUCCCAUGUGUCGCAAAAAUGUACGCAGCCCCAUAAGAUGUGUAAGACAAGGUUCUCAAUGCCGUAAAAUCAGGCAAUGUUCCAUAGAUGAAGAAAACUGUAGACGUCGUCUUACAAAACAAGGCCGUAUAACCUCCACCAGCUUAGCUUUGUGUCGCAACAUCAAGGGUCGCUUGGGUUCAGGACGUUGUGCCAUCAGAAAACGUAGACCACGUGCUGCUGUUACGCCUCGUUGUGGUCGUUUGAAUUGUCCAUCUGGUAGUAAAAAACUAAAUUGUUAUAGCGAUAAGAAGAACAGAUGUCAGUUAUUAACUCCCUGCCAAUUGGCUCGUGCCAAUUGUCUGCGUGGUCAACGCAAUCUCUUGGAAUGGGUAGACUCUCGUCGUUGUGCUGGCAUGAAAGCAGGACAAAAACUUCGUAAGUGUCGUCCCGGUCCCAGAAGAAGUUAAAUUUAAUUUGAAGAUUGAAAUUGAAUUACGGAAAUAAAGAUGACAUAGAAAUAUUAUAAGCAAUUACAAAAAUUAAUAA